AUGAGGAAGGAAGUAGAGAAAAAGAAAAAAGAGGAAGAUGAUGAAAACAAGAGGAUGGAGAACAAGAGGAUGAAGGCCGAGAGAAAAAAGGAGGAAGAAGAUAAAGAUGAAACAAUGAGGAAGGAAGCUGAGAAAAAGAAAAAAGAAGAAGAUGAUGCAACAAAAGCAAUUAGCACAGUGGUUGAAGAUGUAAAUGCUUCCGAGAGUGAAGGUAAAACCAAUAGUGGUAAUGGCAGAAAAAUAGGAAGGAAAACAACAAAUAGCAAGAAGAGGAGUGUUCCAACUAUAACUAUCGAUGAAGCACUACAAAAGCAGUUGCACAAGAUAUCAGAUUCGUACAAACCGAAAAGAAAUACAGGAUCAAUGGUGAAAGUGCCAGAAAAAGUUUCUGCUGAAAUUGUUAGCAAAGAAGAAUUUGAAGGCAAAGAUGUCUCUGAAGUUACUUCAAAAGUAACAAAUACUCCAAAGAAAAGGAAAGGUGACGAGAAAGAAGAUGUGGAUGAGCCUGUUGAUAUUGAGAUCAUAAAAAUACAAAAGCAAAAAGGUACACAUAUAUACAAAAACAAAUGUUAA